AUGAAUUUAAUGAAAUAUUUCUUAGUGCUGAUGUUGACUAUCAUGUGCACUAUAUCUCAGGCUAGAUUACUUGUGUACAGUUUUGAAGCUCCUAUGAUUCGUCUUCUGGAAGAAUAUCGUCAACUGAAAGAUAGUGAACGUCCUAUUGUUAUACCCCGAUGGAAAUCUGAAUACAAUCCUAACAAACGAGUUAAUGAAGAUCAAUUGAAAGAAAUGUUACGAAAAACGUGGAUUGGAUAA